AUGCCACUUCAGAGCAGCGCCAAUCUUACGCGCCAAGAACGCCUUGCGCAGCGCCUUGCGUCUGAUCCUGCAUUGAAAGCCCAUUACAAUUCCAGUCUCGACAAGCACCACAUCAAGACUUUAAGCAGACCUGCCGUUCGUACUCAUGAACGAAUCCGCAAGUACUGGGCUGAAUAUGUCGAUACUGUUGAGGAUGGAGGACUCUCCCGAGACAUUGUGAUUGGUGCCAAGCGGCCGCCUCUUGAACACUGCAAAGGAUUUGUGCGCUGGAUGUCCAUGUCGCUGAAGGGAGCGGUUAAUCGCCGCUCGACGUUCAUCUCUGUGCGAUCCUUGACUAUGUAUGCUGCGGUCUUUCUAGCAUGCUGGCCUCGCUAUGCGAACAUAUUCAUCUCGAAAGAGUACCGGUACCAAGUCUUGUCCUACAUCAACGGAGACCUGAUUGCAGCAGUUUCCAUUCCAAGUGCCAUGCGGGCAAAACCUAUCGCUGAAACCGUAGACGUGACCAUUGUUAUUGACGCGUGUUGGAAUGACACCACACAUUUUCGGACAAAUCGCAUGCGUCUGCAAUUAAUCUUUGGGGUCGAUUUUAUCUCUAUCACGGCCGAGCGAUCAGGAGGUGUGGUUGAAAGCAGCUGUUAUCUGGGAACUAAUGAGGCUCUCGUAUAUGGCGACUUUGAAUUCUGGUGGGUUCCUAGGAAGGAUGAUCCUUAUCACCCAUUGCUUGUCAUACUCGGGGGCAUUGGCAAGCUCAAGGGGGGGCGCCAGAAUGAGGCUAUGCGAAGGGAAUUUUUCUUGUUUCUGCAAGGUUUGGCGCAGCGUGCAUACUGUUCUAGCACUUUGCUCUAUACUCUUGGCAUCGAAGACAAGAUCUUCAUGGACGUCAGCUCAAUGGCGGAGAUUGUGACACCCAAAGUGCCAGUGACAAAGCCUCUCAAGCUACGCAUACACCCAGACAAGAAGAAGCUUCUCAUUAUGCGUGAUGAAGAGUAUGAUCAAGAGAACAAGAAGUGGGUCAUAUCCAAGACGCGCGCACUCCCAUACAUGCGCUUCACCAAACAUAUUCGCAUCAUGUGUCUACGUGCCGGUUUUGAAUCACACAUCACGCCCCAUUGCCUGCGACGUGGCCAAGCAAACAAGGUGAAUUUGCAAGUGACGGAAGCUGAGCGCAAUUUGAUCAUGGGUCACACGCCUCACUCGUCUGUCUUUCAUAAUGCGUAUGCUAGUCGGACGUCCACAGUGGACCUUGCUAGCAUAUUCUUUCGCGAAUCACAGGAUGCAACCAGGGUCAAAAUUAUGCAGAUAUGUAGUGUACAUUCUGCUAUGGCAUGUUCUCACAACAAAGCUAAGACAAUCUUGUCCAUGUCGAGAAACCGCGACUUGAAUGCUCCUGUGGAGCUGCCAUUUGAAGAGCGGCAAAAGUUAUUAGACGAGCCCGAGCUGGUGGAGAUGCUUGAGAGGCGUCAGAUGCUUCUAGUCCAGGUGGCGGAACUGGAACAAACUCUUGGCCAUGGGCAUGAUGAAGAGAUUGAGUGUGAGAUGUGUGCACUGGAGGAGGAAGCGGCGGUAGUGCUGCGUAAUUACAACACGACCAUUGAGAGGGAGACCAGAGUUCGGUUGGAGUUGGUGCGUGCACAGUAUUUUGAUGAAGCAUCAUACCGGGCGAUAAAUGGGAUUACUUCUGCCCGUACGACGGGCAUGGCUGCACAAAAGCUACAUGACAUCCUGCCUUCAGGAGUAGGUGUUAAGGGACCUAACGACUGGGAUCAGGAGUUCAACUGA